AUGUCUCCGGGAGUUUCUAGCUGUCAUUAUCGUGAAGUUCCGCCAUGCAUCUCCUUCUCCGGAUCUGGAUUCAUGGCCACCUACCAGUUAGGGGUCGCCCAGUGCUUCCUAAUUCACGCACCGUGGAUACUCAGCAUGGCACCUUGUGUCCUGGGUGCAUCUGCUGGGUCUCUGGUUGCGGCUGCUGUAGUCUGUGAAAUGAGCCCGGUUGGUAUCCGGGAUGAAAUGCUACAUUUUGUCAAACAAAUGAAGGCUUUUACACUUGGACCAUUAAACCCCUCAAUCAAUAUCUUCAACUGGUUGGAGGUGAUCUUACGGAAACAUCUUCCUUCUGAUGCACACCAGCUGGCCAACGGACGCCUUGCUGUGGCUAUGACCCGCCUGACCGAUAGCAAGCUCAUUAUCAAGUCAGACUUCCAGUCCAAAGAGGAUGUAUUACAGGCUUUGUUGUGUAGCUGCUUUGUGCCUGGAUACUGUGGCAUGCUGCCUCCGUCUAUUAAAGGAGUGCAUUAUGUGGACGGAGGUUUCAGCUGCAUGCAGCCAGUAUUGCCUGUACCCCGCAGCUCCAUCUUGACGGUGUCUCCCUUCUCUGGAGAGAUGGACAUCUGUCCUGCUGACACACCCUGCAUGUGGGACAUGGUGGUGAGCGGAACCACCCUGAAAGGCAACAUGGCGAACAGUCUGAGGAUCCUGAACGCUCUCUACCCGAUGGCUCUGGAGACUCUGGAACAAGCCUACGACAGCGGCUACAAAGACACCGUUCAAUUCCUUGCGUCCAACGAAAUUAUACCAUACAUGAUGAUGCACAGUGUAUCCAGUGAUUGCGACCAAACCAAGACACGGAUGCGUGUGAAGACUGACUUUAAUGAAGAGAAGCAGGUGAAAGCAGAAAGGGAGGCCGCAACACUGACAACUUUAACAGCCUGCAGAAGCUCCGCCGAGCAGGAAUCCACUGGAAAUUGCAAAACUGAAGAACCUCUUCCCCAGUUUGAGGUGGUAAAGAAUGUUCUGCUGGACACCGGGUUGACCUAUCUGGGCAUGUUUGGACUCCCUGUGAAAGUCCUUUCCUACCUGCUCCUGCCUCUCACCCUGUCGUUCUACACUGUACUCCAGUGCAGGCACAGAUUGGAGUUGCUGUCCAGCCAGGUGCCAGAGGUGAUGUUCUGGGCGUGGCAUGCCAUGAGACACUUUACAUUCUUCUUCUACAGCAUAUUCAUCUGCAGCCUCAAGAAGAACAUAAAUGACCGGAUUAUGCCCUUCGUGCUUCUGUUGGAAUGGUUGAAAAUUCAAGCAAAAUACGAGUCUCCGAAAGGGCAGAGGAAUGCUACAGCUGUCCAUCAGGCUCCGUCUUCUGACCAUUCGAAAGAUGUCAGGCAUCGGAGUCAAAGCAGACAGUUUGUCACCACAUCACAGGAUUACAAGAAACCAGAAUUACAUUGUAUGUAG